GUAAAGUCUUCUGAAGAGAGUUAAGAAGCGAAGGGUCCUUUUUAUUUACUCUGUUUUCGUUCUCAAAAAUUUCUCUCUCCAUCUGCCGAUUCUCAAAACCCUAAUUCUUUCUCUUUUUCUUUUACUUCAUCAAUCGAUCUUCGCCAAUGGCUAAUAGUAAUCUCCCUCGAAGAAUCAUCAAGGAAACCCAGCGUCUCCUCAGUGAACCAGCACCGGGAAUUAGUGCUUCACCAUCAGAGGAUAAUAUGCGAUAUUUCAAUGUGAUGAUCCUUGGUCCCACACAGUCUCCAUAUGAAGGAGGGGUUUUCAAGUUGGAACUGUUUUUACCUGAAGAAUAUCCCAUGGCUGCUCCCAAGGUUCGAUUUCUGACAAAGAUUUAUCAUCCUAACAUUGAUAAGCUUGGUAGAAUAUGCCUUGAUAUUCUCAAAGACAAGUGGAGUCCAGCGCUUCAGAUCCGGACUGUACUUUUGAGCAUUCAGGCACUUUUGAGUGCUCCAAAUCCCGAUGAUCCACUCUCUGAGAAUAUUGCUAAGCACUGGAAAACAAAUGAGGCUGAAGCUGUUGAGACAGCUAAGGAAUGGACCCGUUUAUAUGCGAGCGGUGCAUGAACACUGCUGGAAAUGUUUGUCCUCUUAAAAUAACCUUUUAUGCAAUGUAAGCUAUUCAAUGGCGAUUUCAUAUGGAAAUUUGGAAGAGUUGAUGUUUGAAAGAGUUUGAUAUUGGCAUAGCUUCCAGUUGCUACCUGUUAAUUGUUUACCGUUGGAAGCAGUCUCUGAACUUUGUAUGAUAAUAUACGUUCUUCUCUAAAACUCAAACGCUGAACUACUGGAUCAUUCUCAAAUAUAGCUAUUUCCGAUUCCGGUUAGCAAUCCA